AUGUCACGGACGCGUUCAGUCAACGCUCAUGACGACGAGCAUAAAGGAGCGAUCCGAGAGGAGGGUCUCAACGUGCGCGAUGAUGUGGUGCAAGAGGGCAGCGACGGCAUCACCCUGCCGCGGCCGCUGCACACGACGACAACUCUGCAGUUUGCGCGGUUUGGAGGCCUCGCUGUUGGAGACACACACCCAAGACGGCGAAUCCUAGUCGCUUCGGACGACGCUAGGCUGCAUAUUGCAUCGGGAGAUCAUUGCGCCUGCCACGCCCGCAUUGGCGAGAGGCAAAGGCACAUCAUCGACGGCGAACUCCCCUGGCCUCUUUGCGCGGCAUCAAUUCGGGCACGGGCGCUCGCAGACAGACCACCAUCUGCCUCAGUCCUCCUCCCCGCCGUCUGCAAGUCCUCUUGGGUCCUCGACAACACCGCCAACCUCAACGUCUCAGCAAGAGACCGCCGCUCGUUACCGUUGUCGCUACAGUUGCUACCCGCGUCCUGUGUCUGUCGUGACGCUGGAACCACGCAGCGGCAGCACCAUCGGCCAUCUGGCAGCUUUCACUCGGCGCGCUCACCCGUGGACCUCUACUGCGCUGCUCACGACUAUGCGACUGUGCCAAUUGCGCUCUAG